AUGUCCUUGCUGGGCCCGGAGGGCGUGACGCAACUUGCGCAGCAAGGCCCCGACGCGGUGAACGCGCGUCUCGAGGCGUUUUCAAGCUACGAGAAUGCUCUUCUAGAGCACCUCCAGCAGAGGAUGGCGGCUGCCGCGGCGCCCCAAGCGCCCCCCUUCGUCGUCCGACGCGGGAACAAGACCCAAGCCGCUCAUGUUGAGAUGGCUAUGAGCUCAGCUCUACUCCGGACGGAGUCGCAGCGCGUGGCACUAGCUGUCUCGAAGCUCGGUGGGCGAGCGAGAGAGUGGGCACUAACGUCCAGGAUGUCGGUCGAGGCGGCCUUCCCGACGUGGGACCAGCUGAAACAGCAAUUGUCCCGAGUGUUUGCUCCGCCUAACGAGGCAGCAAGAAGGAGUUGA